UUCAACUGAGAAUCGAGAGCGAUGUUUUCGGUUAUUGAUUAGUAUGCCUGAAAUGGCAAGUGUGUACGGAAGCAGCGUGUUCCAGGUGGUAUGACUCUAGACAUGUCUGUGAGCUUUUGUAGAUUUUUUGUAGUUUUAAAAUAAGCCAUGCCUUUCUAAGUACAGUCCGAAAGCAUUAUUAUUGAUAACUGUGACAGCUCUAUAGCCUUGGUACCUGUUUACAAAUUUAGCCGAGUGGGUAUUCAACAGUUAAGAUGGAGAAGGGCUCCACAGGCGCUGCAGAAAAGAUCCAGCCGGUUUUGCCUUGUAAGGAUAGCAGCGAUGAAGACACUUGCGCCGCAAAUGCCCACGACUCCAGAGAAGGAACCUGUGGUGCUACUGCAGGCCGAGCCAGAUGGACUCUGCUGAGACAGGUGUUGUGUCAGAAGCAGGCAGAGAGUCCUGAGGUCAAACAGGUGUCUGUUCGCAGGUUUGCCACCUUUGACCUUUUCAGAAGAAAGGAACUCUCAGCACAAGAACACUGUGAUACCUCAGAUGACCAGUGGGUGGAGUACAGAAGUGUCUACUAUCCUGAGUAUAGUGCCUUCCUCAGGGAUAACCUGGGACCUCUCAAAGUUAAUGAAGUGCUUAAUAGUUUCGACAACACUGGCAAUGUCUGUGUGUGGCCCUCUGAGGAGGUGAUGGCACAUUACUGUCUGCAGAAACGCCACAUUUUCAAGGGUGCAGUGUGCGAGUUAGGAGGAGGUAUGACUUGUCUUGGUGGGCUCAUAGUUGCCAUUUCUGCUGACGUGAAGGAAGUUCUCCUAUCAGAUGGGAAUGAGAAGUCCAUUCAGAAUGUUCGGGGAGUGGUCGAGAGAAACCGGCAGGCUGGAAAGUUUAGGUCAACACACGUAUCUUCAAGGGUGGUUAGGUGGGACUCCGAGAUGGAUAUUUCAGCCCUGGAAGGUCACUUUGAUACCAUCAUGUGUGCAGACUGUUUGUUUCUCGACCAGUACAGAGCCUGCCUGGUUGAUGCCAUAAGGAGAUUACUGCGACCCGACGGCAUGGCAUUGGUGUUCGCUCCUGAAAGAGGUGAAACUCUAACACUGUUUUGUCAGCUGGCCCAGCAGGCCGGACUGCGUGUCUCUCAACACCAGCAGUACGACGCUCAGGUCUGGGAUAUUCACUUAAAGAUGCUGAGAGAAGGAAAGCAAGCAUACGAUGAGAAAAUCCACUAUCCUCUCCUCGUCACCGUGACCAAAGGACCUCAACCUGUCAAUGCAGCUCAGUAAAAUCAAAUAAUUCGAGUUGCUAAAAUGCAGUCGAUGAAUCUCCUUAACUGAUCUUCACACCCAAUUUAUUGUGCCAAAUAUCAUUAUUUUGAAGACGAUCGUAUGUACAGAAUGUAUACAUCGAACUCCUAUAGUACUGUUGUACUUGCAUUCAUUGACCCAAUACUGUGGAAAAUGGAAAAUGAUGUAUUUUUGUGUAUGUGUGUAUGAAGUGGAUGUCAUUUUUUGAUCUUUUCUAAAUGUAAAUGAGAACAACAAACUUCUUUUGGUUUGGUUUUGUGGGAACAACAUUUUUUGACACUCCCGGUUAAGACGAAUAAAAAACCCCACAAUAAAAUUAUGUUGUAUUGCCGUAGAGUAAUCUCACACUGAAAAUCUCUGAAAGAUCCAAUCUUUAAUUUGAGUAAAAGUUUAUUUAGUGGGGGAAAAUACAAUGUUAAGAAGAAAAGGUUUUAAACAAAAUCACAUUUAUUGGCACUCCUGUCGUUUGUACUUUGUACAACCUACCUUUGCUAAUAGUGCUUAAUCUUCUCUGUUUUUGUGUCCUUGGUUCUUUUUUUAUCCUGUUGUUGCUUUGGGUUGCUUCAAAAGGUGUUCUGCAGGAUUUAAGUCCAUUAAACCAUUCCUGCACAGUAUUACAAAGUUUUAAACAAUUUAAAUUUCCUGGUUAAAGAGUUCAUGAUUCCUACACUGUUAUAAGGUACCCCUUGGCCUUUGGAAGAGACACACGCCCACAAGAUCACAGACCCUCCACCAUACCUUGCAGUGAGCAUUAAGUGCUUCACAUAUUCAGCCUUUGUUUUAUGCCAGAAUACUGCAUCUUAAUUUCAUCUAACCAGAGCAGUUGAAGCAAAAGAUGUGUAUGUUUGUAAUAGUGGGACAGAAAAAGUUUGGUUUCUGGGAUCACCCUCAAUAAAGUGGUCACUAUGGAUACUCAGUGACCCCAACAUGUCACUCUUUGCUGCAGUUGUUUUGCUUUUAACAUCCUGCUCACUGUCAGUUGUGGUGAGAUAAACACCAGUCCUUGUCCAGUCUAGCAGUGGCUAAAAGAAAUGAGCCUCUUUGUCAUGUCCUAUUUAUACCACAGGCAAAUGACCACUCAUUACCAAGAAGAAUAAACUCUGAUCAAUCCUAAAGAGUAUUAAUUAAAAAUCAGACUCACAUUUAUUUUGAAACGAUUGUGAGAAAUGCUGAUUUUUGCCCAAACAAUGACUUUGUCAGUAUUCUUAAGCAUGGGAGUUUUUUCCCCUCUGCAAUUAAUUUGCACAAAAAAAAGUUGGAUUUUUCAAUUUUUUUAGUGUGAGAUCCUGUAAAUACAGAAUGCCUGAAUGUCCAGAGUUUAUGGACAAUUUGUAAAUUUUCAGGUGCUGGAGAACAAUCAUCAGGAGUAUGAAACUGGUACCAAAUCCUGUGUUCUUCUUGAGUUCAAACAUAAACAAAAUCAACUCCUAACCUUACAAACAUUUGCUUCUUAAGUUUAUCCAGUCAAACUUGCCACGCUUUUAUCGACUAACUGUUCUCAGGUCUUUUCUCAUACAUCACCCGUCUUCCUGCUUCUUGUAUCAUGAGGAAAACAGCAGGUGUGAAGGCGUCUGUUGCAGCUAGUGAUGCGUUUCCAUAUUACACUGUGAUCCACUGGUGUACACAACAGCCAAGACGCUAUGCAGUACCUCCCAGUGGUUGCUGUUUACAUUUAUCUUGAGAUAAUCAGCCUCAGAAAAAAGGUUAAAAAAAGAAGGAAGUUAUAAAAGUGUUCUCACUGUUUUGAUGAUUAAAAUUGUAUUGCAAAGUAGUUGAAAAGGUUCAAGUGUUUAAUCACAUUUAUUUGUACUUGUAGUGUGAUUUGCUGUUUUAUUUUUUGUUUGUUGUUUGAUUAUAGUGUUAAACAUGAGUACCCUCCCUCCACUGUGACUGUACACAGAUACACAAUCACUCUUUAAUACAGCAUCAACAGCUCCAGUGUUGACAAAAAUGUACAACAGUCUAGCAUGUGGUAUGUUUCAGGUUGCAACAUCACAUCGCUAUCAGUGCCCACAAACUUCAAAAUAACCAGUUUUUUCACCCUGUGUUAACAAAUCCAUUAUAGCCAGUAAUUCCUCUUGGAACAUAGACUAGAUUCAGACUAGUUUUCAAGCUGGUCCUACUUUUGUGCUGCCCUAAAACAUAGGAGGUGCAAGAAAAAGUACAGACAAUCUGUAAAAAUGAAUCUGUGCAGGGCAGACGUGGGCUGGUUUCUGAUUUUAAAGUAUGCCACAAUUUUAAGAAUUCACAAUUCAAGCUCAGUGUUCUUUACCCAAUCUAUGAUUGGUCAAAUAACUAUUAGCUAAAUUACUCGAAAGACGGGGCAAAGUUCCCUACAGUGUCAGAAAUUCGGUAGGCCGAGGUGAGUGAAUCUUCAUCAGUGCAGAAAAUCACAGUAUCUACAUAAAGUAGCAUCAGAUUAAGUAUCUUUUAUUAUACAGUUAUUGCUAUGUUAUUGGCAGCGGGGAACCCUCAGGGCCCUCUUUGGGCGUCCAGUAAAUUUUGAAAUAUUUUUUAUUUACCUAAUAUUCAAAUGAAAUCAUCCAGUGUCCUUUAAAAGCAGUCAAUUCCUAUUCUGAGACUGUAUGUUUUUACAGUAUCUGAUAGGCUGCUAGCUGCCGUGUUUGGAAAUAUUAGCUACAGUUUGGAAAUUUUGCAGCUGUGGCACAUGUUUACAUGGCACUUUUGAGUUGGCGUGCUCAUGCAGCUGAAUUUUUCAACAAAUCUAUGGCAGCCUGGCUUAGCCUCAGAUCACAUCAUGUACGAAUAGCAGAUACAGGUAAAGAAGCAAUGUUAGAAUGAUAUCCAACUAAAUUAGAAUGUCUUCAUAUGCCAUAGAAAUUCAAGGCAGAUACGUAAUAGUGUAUAACAGGUAGAAUAAUGGAAAACAAUAUUUGAUAGAAACAUAGCAGCAGUAGAAAUAGAAAAUAAAUAUCUUAUUGGUUUAUUAUUAUUUUUACUAAACGAUGUACCAGCCUAUACCUAAUAUAUGGUUAUUUGAAACUGAUCUAAAAUUUCAGUCCUCUUUGACCAGAAACUGAUCAUUUAAAUGUUAUGUUUAUUAUUUUGUAGUAAUUUGAGCAAAAGACAGAAAUGAGGGCUUUUAAAUCAAAUACUUAUACCCAGUGUCAAGGUGAUCAUAGAGUUAGAUUAUGAGUUUUUGCUUUGCUGUAAUGAAAACUGUUUGGAUGUUGUUCAUGUUAUUUUCGAAUAAAUAAUAUAUUUUUUCUUCA